AAAACGGAGCAUGUACUUGUCUACUUGAACCAGUACGGAGUGUCUUCUCACUGAGACAGGUCAAGAAAUCCUGCAAGAGAGUUUUAGAGAAAUAAGGCAACCAUGACCGCUUUUUCUGACUACACAUCUCUAACACAACAUGAAGAUGUUCCGGAGCACAUCAAGCAGUUGCUGCACGCUAUCCACGAAAACAGUCGAAAGCUGACCGAGGUCCGACGGCAAAGACAGCAUGUUGAGGAAGAGAUAACUCAAUGCAUCCGGGAAACUGAGCGGAGGGUGGACUUGUUGAUUGAGAAGAGUGAAGUUGUUGAUAUGUUACAGGAAAUGGGUUGUAUACUGCAAGAGGAAAGUCAUCUCUCUGAUCAACUGAAUGGUCAAGCCUCUGAAGACAGAAACCAAAAAAGAGAUUUACAAGAAAGGAGUGAGCGUUUCACAAACAAGGCAAGGGGCCUCGAUGCUGAAAUUUUGGAGGUGAAACAACAUCUGGCAGAGGCCAGGGCUCGUAAUAUGGCUGCAGAGGCUUUGAUCCACGCACCAAGCAGCAAGUCAAAGCAAAAUCAAGGCGAGCCUAAGUGAAUCGAACAUUUAAAGUUUGCUUUGUAAAAUUACAGAUACAUUUGUUUUCUAUUUUUUGUUGCAUUUAAUUCUUACAGCUGGAUUUUGGAUAUAUUUUAUAGCCCUAAAUAAAGUGUUUGACUUGAUAUCAUCUCAGAAGUAUUUAAUAGCCAGUAGCUCAUGUGCAAAAUAAUUGGCCAGUGAUGUAUUGGACACACUCAAUAUGAGUUUAAUGUAUAAAAUGACACAGAUUUGUGCCUUCUAUAUACAUCUAAUGUGUAAAUAGAAAUGUAUCAACCUGACAGAGUCUUCAUUUAAUAGCGGCAAAUUUCCUCAGUUUAUUCUUCAUUAUCCUUGGAUGAAAUAAGGAAAUAUUCAGGUGGGAAAGUUCAAGUUAAAAUACUGGUAAAAGGGAGACAAAUUAAACAACAAUAUAUAAACGUGCCAUUAAUGUGCAUUGAGUGCUGAGGGAAACACGGGCUAGUGUGGAACCUUUGGUCUGUGAACGCCUUCUCAUUGAAGCCCUGUUGACGCUUUGGGGCUUCCGUACUAUGUCAGCAGCAUGAGGAAAUACAGGGUAAUAUAACGUCAGCGCUGCCUUGUGAGACGUCUUUUUAUGGUCAUGAAGUAAAACAAAAAAACAGUAACAAUGACGACUCAUGCCGACCACCACUCCAUCUUUGAUUUGCGCCCAAAUGAUGAGACUUUAACUGGACUGAGAGAAGUGGACCCCAUCCUGAAGCAGCCUGUUAACACUGAGCCACCAUCACAAGUGGAAGAUACAUGCCCAGAGGAUGACAGACAGUGGGAGUGCAGCCAGGCCAGAGAGGUGUCAGACAAGAUGGUCUGCUCAGCCUGCAGAUGCCCCUUUAUUAAUCGUGAAGAACAGAUGGAGCACUACAAGCUCGACUGGCAUCGCUUCAACUUGAGACAAAAAAUGGCAGGACUGCCACCAGUCACAGUGGAGGAGUUUGAAAGGAAGACUGGAGCUGGAGACAUGUCAAGUAUCUCAGGCUCAGAGUCCGAUUCAGACGAAGAAAGCUCAGAUAAUGACGAUGUGGGAACGAGCAGUAAUGUCACCAGCACAGAUAAUGAGAGCUCAGCUGAAACUGGACUAAUUACCGGCCGGCUCUCCAGCAAGGUGGCUUUUCAGAACUCCGCAGGACAGUAUCUGUCAGUCUACCGCUGCAUACUGCAGGGGAAGCCAGAUGAAGAACAGGAUGUAGGAUCCUCUCUAAUGGCGAUAAGUAAGAAGACUGUGUGGGUCAUUCUCAUGACAGGUGGAGGCCACUUUGCUGGUGCUGUAUUCCAAGGAAAAGAAGUCCUCCAGCACAAGACUUUCCACCGAUACACAGUGCGAGCGAAGCGAGGCACUGCUCAAGGACUCAGAGACUCUCAGAACCGCAGUCACACACCGAAGUCUGCAGGAGCUGCUCUGAGGAGAUAUAAUGAAGCAGCGCUAGUCAAGGACAUUCAGGAUCUUCUGGUGACGUGGGCUGAAUACUUGAAGGACGCCUCUGCAAUAUUUGUACGAGCCCCUAGCUACAGCAAGACCAUCUUCUUUAGUGGCCGCGCAGCCCCCCUUGACAAAAAAGAUCCCAGGGUCCGAACGCUUCCCUUUGCCACACGCAGGGCAACUUUUCGAGAGGUACAGAGGGUGCACGAGGUGCUUUCCACAGUUCAUGUUUAUGGGAGAGACACAGACAUGUCUGCAGUCUUCAGUCCGUCUAAGAAGAAGGCAUGGAAAAAAACUGUCAAACCAGUGGCACAAAGCAACACUGAUCAAGAGCAAGCAGAAGAAAACCAUGAUAGCUCAGAUAAAGAAGAGGGUGGAGAGAUCCAGCUGGAGAUGGUGGAGCUGACUUUAGGAACUCUGGACCUCAGGGAAAGUGAAAUCUAUCCCUCCAGGCACAGGAGAAAAAGGAGGAGAAAGAAGGAGGAAACCAAAAUGCAAAAUGAGGAAUUGAGUAACACAGAAGCAGACAAUAAGGAAGAGGAGGUACCUGAGGCUACACCAGUAAAAGACACUCCUCGAGCGAUACAAUCAAAGAAUAAGAGGAAGAGGAAACCACAGAGCAAGAAACAACUGGAAGAAACCGUUGAUGAGUCAUGGGAGUAUGGUCUGAGAGAUGCCCUCUUUACAGCCUGCAAGGUCGGGGAUGUGGACACACUAAGUAGACUCCUAGAGCUACUGGAGAAAUGGUGGAAAGUGGAGAGCAGUUGGAAGAGCAACCUCUCUGAUGUGCCAAGUCCUCUGACUCGCCUUAAUAAGCCCAUAGACUCAUCAGGGUUCACUUUGCUACAUGUUGCAUCAGCAGCUGCACAAAAGGCAGCGGUCAGGCUGCUCCUUGAUGCAGGAGCAGACCCAGCCUGCAGGGAUAACAAAGGGCACACCCCAUAUAUUGUCGCCCCUGACAAAGACACAAGGAAUGUCUUUCGUAAAUACAUGGGUGAGAAUCCUGACAAAUAUGACUACAGCAAGGCACAGGUCCCAGGGCCACUGACAGCAGAGAUUGAAUCCAAAAAGACAGAGAAGAAGAAGGCUCAAAAGGCAUUGAGAAAACAGCGAGAAAAGGAGCAGAAGGAGGAGAAGAGGAAACAAGAGUUGGAGGCAGAGGAAAAGAAGAGGUUUGCAUCACUGACUGAUCGUGAAAAAAGAGCUUUGGCAGCAGAGAAAAGGUUAGCGGAGCAGGUAGCUGCCACAGGAGUCAGCCUCUCUAACGUCAAGAGGUGCUGGUUGUGUGGAGAGUCUCUGCUUGGGAAGAUCCCAUUUCAGUACCUGGACUAUUCGUUCUGUACCCCUCGCUGCGUGCAAGCACAUCGAAAAGCAAACACCCUUCCAGGAAAGACCUAACACUCAUGUGGAAAUUUUCAGUUGGAAGGAAGCUACCUCAUUAAAAGUACAAGUGAAUUUGUGCAGCUCUGUGAAGACACUUGUAACUUUGUCAUGCCAAUGUUCUAGUUUCAUUUUCAACUCUGAACACACAUUUCAAAUAUCAUUUUAAAAUAGCAGAUGAUCUAAGACAACUGGAUGCAUAUACUGUAUCAAAACAUAAUGAAAUAAAGUUAUAAUUUAUUCACAGUA